GAUACUAGCCUUAACCUUACCGUACCCCAAGCCAUAACGGUUUUGAGAUCUUCAUCGAUCGCCCGCGAAACCAACAAAAAGAUCCAAGUUGGCAUUUAUUUAUUUAUUUUUUCACAAAAAACUUGUAAUAGACAACCAAGAUGAUGCGUGCCGUUGUUCUGUUGUUAUCGUUGCUAUGGGGGCUUGCUGCGGCAGGCACCAACCCUGAAGGCGUGGCUUUCUUGGCAGCCAAGGAGAAAGAAGCAGGAGUUGUCAAACUUCCUUCUGGACUGCUCUACAAAGAAUUGAAGGCUGGUACAGGAAAAUCACCUUCCAUUUCAUCUCCCUGCAAAUGCCACUAUGCUGGAGCUUUGAUUGAUGGCACUGAAUUUGAUUCCUCCUACAAACGAGGUGAACCAUUGACACUAGCCCCAAAUCAAGUUAUCAAGGGAUGGACUGAAGCCAUGCAGCUCAUGAAAGAAGGAGCAAAGUGGGAGUUGUAUAUCCCAAGUGAGCUCGGUUACGGUGACCGUGGUGCUGGAGGUGCCAUUCCAGGCGGUGCGGCCCUUGUCUUCACCAUGGAGCUUUUGGAAGUCACUGGUUAGAACUACGUACGAUACAUAAGUUUCUGAAUAGUCUAUCUAGUAAUUCAGCACUAUUUUCCAACC